AUGGAGGCGCCCGAGCUGGGCCCGGGGCUGGUGCAGCGUCUGGAGCAGCUGGCGACGUGCCCGCUGUGCGGGGGCCCCUUCGAGGACCCGGUGCUGCUGGCGUGCGAGCACAGCUUCUGCCGCGCGUGCCUGGCCCGCCGCUGGGGCGCCCCUCCGGCCGCCGGCGACCCGGCGCCCGCCCCCGCCUGCCCCCGCUGCGGCCAGCCGUGCCCCCGCCGCAGCCUGAGGUCUAACGUGCGGCUGGCGGUGGAGGACACGAGGAAGACAUGGAGGAGACUUGACGCCCCAACACCCAAGGCAUCUAACUCAGACGACGACGUCCCCGAAGAUUAUCCAGUGGUCAAAAACAUGCUGCACAGACUGACGGUGGGCGGCACGGGGCCCCCGCCGCGGCGCAUCCGCGUGGACGUGGACUGGGAGCGCGGCCGAGUGGCCUUCUACGACGGGCGCUCGCUCGACCUGCUCUUCGCCUUCCAGGCGCCCGGGCCGCUGGGGCAGCGCGUCUUCCCGCUGCUCUGCACGCGUGACGCCCGCGCCCCGCUGCGCAUCGUGCCGGCAGAGGGCUGA